CUUCGCAUUACUGUUGAACACUUCGGUGAGUUCGGUUGCAACGAUCGAGCUCCCGAGCAGUUGUGAAUUUUACCGUCGACAUCAACCGAGUUGUUAGGAAAAGCCGUUCACCUAUAGAAAUAUUCCGGUGGUUAGGCGAGUGAGAGAGAGAUUGUGUGAAGUGAAUUACAUUGUGAACUUCGUAAAGCUGUGUGCUGCAACUGUGUCCUUUGCUGUUCAACCGACGCGCGUCUGCAGUGAAAUAUCUCUGAUGAAAGUCCGCAUCCGCGAGUCGCAGUGAAGCUCUCCGUUGUGCCCGAAAGGCUUUAUGCUAGUGUUGUGCUUGGUGUGGUGAGCAUUGGGAAAGAAAGGUGCUGAAAAGAAUUCUUUUCCCAAAAAUACGAAUCAUUCGGCGGAAAGUGAAAAACAACGCACGAAUCGAAACGUCAGUGCUACCAAACUAUAAACAAGGUUACGCCCGUUACGAGUGGCAUAGGGGAGAAGCAUAACCUCAAAACUGGGAAUCGCUUGAAAAAGGGAAUAAAAAUCGCUUACCAUCGCCCAUCACUCACACAAACACACAGAAACACCGACUUACGCUUGCGUGAGCUGAGCUGAACGAAAAAAAAAUCCAAGCGACGGCAACGGAAUACGUUAGUAGUGGUGUGCUCCGACCACCAGUCGCGAAACAAGUGUGCGUUGAACGUGUUUCGACAAGCGAACGACAAAGAAAAUUGUGUGACUGCGCUUUAUCUGUGUUUUUCACGUGAAACGCUCCGAACAGGGGGUUGGAAACAUUCGAUUUCGGUAGCAUCGCAUGAAAAUUCUCGUGGCGGAAAGCUGUGGCGUAGUGGUAACAUUUCCAUGAAAAACAGCAUAAUAGGCAGUGCUUUCCGUCUCCGUGCCAAGUGCGGCGACGCCAUCUUUGGAACGAGAUUUGCAAACGCAAAAGUCACCCGCCGUGGUGGCGUGUCAGCUUGACAAGUGAAAGAAGCAGAAGAAGCAGCGGUGUGUAUACAAACAGACUCUGUCGCGCGCGAUUCGUACUCGUAAAAGGCGCAGUGGUGGUGCAAAAACAAAGAAUUCUCAAUUUCGCGUCCCGUUCCCGAAAGUGGUCGGUGCUUGAAUAUUUUUGUGCCAGUGCGAAUCGGCAAACUCUCCAGUACACACGAUGGGUGCUCAGGUGUACAAUCGUACGAUGGUGGAGCGGUUGCACUAUUCGCCCGCUCCGGUGCCGGCCAAAAGCUACAAACGACAGUCUCCGGCCCUGAACCGGGUGAACAGUGCGAAGCGCAAUCUGUUCGGUGCCGUCGAACGAGAAGAAUUUAACCAGUUCUACAACAUGCACAUGAAGCAGCAGGACGAGAAAAAGAUGCAAAAAUGGAACUUUGAUUUUCGCAAAGGUGAACCGCUGGAGGGCCAGUUAAAGUGGGUGCGGGCGCAUCAACGCUCGGUGUUUACGCUAACCCACACCGCCCAUGUCAGACCCACGGUCAGCAGACGGUCGACGACGGCGGAUGUUCCGCCGAGCAGUAGCUCUGGAGACAUUCUUUCGCCGGACGAACUGAUGGACGAGCUGGCGGAACGUGCUAACCGGGGCAAUAGCGUUCCCAAGCUGAGACAGCCGAAAAUUACAGACUUUUUGAAAGAGCGCAAACGUUGCCUGUCUUCCGCUGUGGCGGUGGAGAAAAUUUCCGCCAAAAAGGUACGCCUGAUGAUGGCAGCUUCUUCCUCCUCGUCGUCGUCGUCGUCGUCGUCUGGCGGUGCGCAACAGCAGGCACAGGAAGCAUCGACGUCGUCGUCAGCGAACUAAACACACACUCCACACACACAGUGCCAUUCGGACGUGAGAGAAGGAGAAAGGAGAGGAGAACCAGGACCAACGAAUCUUCUUCUAUAUAUCUACAACAGGCGGACUCCAUUCCAAACCACUGCACCACCCGACUAGAGGCUAUUUUAACGCUAAAUAACCUCCCGUUUUGUGCACUACCCCUUGUUUGACAGACGCGGGUUCCCGUGUUCGGAAUCUGGUCCGCGGGCAAUAGGUUAGAUUACUGCUCGUAUAUAAGUACUAUAUACGGCUAUUGGUACUAUUUUAUUUGCAAUGAGAUGAACAAGGCUUGUAUUUUGUAGCCAUUACUCUUUUUCCCUCUUUCCGUUGGUACCAUUAGUAUAGGUGCCAUUUUAUUUUGGUUUUUUGUUUAAUUUUUGUCUCACCGUUUGAGCCUGUUUAGUUUCGACAUCUCUUAUUCAAUUUCACUUUCCUAUCCAUCCCUCAGUUGGUGUUGCUAAAUGUUUAUAUAGGUAUUUCUCUCAGAUUCUUUUAUUUUUGAUGUAUAUUUAUGUGUAUGUACAUAUAUGCUACUGUAUAUGUUGUAGAUGGAUAAGCACAGUACAGUGUUGUUUUUUUUUUUCUCUCUUCUCCCGUAUCAGAUGUAAUAAAGCAAUAAUUCAUGAAAAAAUAGGGACCAUCACCAUCACCUAACAGUUGUAACGGUUGUAACGCCUAGCCUUGCCUCAACCGAUAGAGCACGCACACCACGCGUGUGGGUACGAUUUGUCUAUCGCUUGCUGAAGGCUCUGGCAACUUAAGCGUUGUAAUUGUUGUAAAGGUGUGGUAAACGUGGUUUAAACAGUCGAACAUACUAAUGUUAGUUAUGUAAAUAUAAACCUUCGGCACAGUGCUGCCACAAGAAGAAAACACUUUUCCAACGCAAAAAUUGCGUAUGCGUUGGUUUUUGCGUUGGCAAACUGUUUUCCUUCCUACCACAGCACUGCAGCGAAAAUUCUAGCCCUAAUGUUAGAUAAGACCUACAACAAUCGAUUGUUGCAAAAACGAUCUCAUACCUAACGCUUGUGCAAGAAACAAUAUUGAUACGCUAAAACAAAACACAAAACAAUUAGGCGCAAGUGUUCCUACUACCUUUUUUCCUAAACUUUCCUAGUCUGUUUUUUUCCUUUUUUUCUACUUUUUUGUUUGUUGAACUUCACUUCCUUUAAUCGUCGAGCUCUCGCACGUUGCGGGUAUUUGUACAAUUUAGCUAUUAAAUCUCUUCUUUAACCGUUUAUAGUUUAGACAUGUAUGCGAAACACGAAAAAAAUAAUGCUCCAGCUUAAAAUGUAUAAAGAUCUCGUGCCAAAUCGAGAGUGGAACAACAACAUUAUUGUGAAGGAAGGCGGCAGGCGCGCUCGGCGCACACGUUCGUUUUGCGUACGGACGCAUAGAAAGGGUACGAUUUGAUUUUAACGAUGGCCUAAAAUCAACUUGUAUUCCCUUUCCUUUCUAACGCACGCAAACAAUCGGCCGGGAACGUAGAACGCAUUUCGUGAACAACAUGUAACGUUACCAUACGUAGACGAAUAGCAGGUAGAGUCGUGUAAAGCCGGUAGCUUGUAAUGAUGAUGAGCGUUAAAAAGACUCGGAGGAGGAAAAAAAAGAGGAAGAAAAUUAGUGGACACAGUGGCACUUUUUUUUUCUCUGUUCAAGCUAUUAUAGCAUAUAAGACAAAAAGAAAAACACUCAUACUCGGAGCGUCCGUAUUUUUCUUUUUCUCUCGUUCUUCUUCUGUCACAGUUUGUGAUUUAAUCCAAAACGCUAACUAAUUUAUACUGUAGAGUUAUUAUUUCUUAAAGAAAGCAAUUACGUUAGAGUGGUAGACACAUUCGCAGUAAGGAGGCACAAACUCAUAAUUCGCGCGCUAAACUCACGAUUAUUGCCAACGGGGCCUGAUGAUUGUAAACGAAACCCACCCAACUAUGUCUAUAAUUUUGGUAAGAGCUGUGUUUUGUCUUUUUUUUUCUUUAUUGUGCGAGUAUUAGACGACGCACGUUGGGGGUACUACGAUUGUGCGUCCGACCGGUAGGUUCGUGCGUGGAUUUUUUAGCAAUAGUAGCAUGGCUUAUGAUUCGUCUGAUUUACUGAAAAGGUUCUUAAUUCCUUCCUAACACAAAACUACACAGACCACGAUGCACGAACCUAAAAUAGAAAAAACAAAACCGUCGUCGGUGGCAGGCAAAUCGAAACCGUUUGAUCUCCUGUUAGAUAUGUGCUAAGUUUGGUAAGAGCAAGCGAUAGAUAAUAUCUAACUAAACCCCCCCGAGAGAGGUAGAGGCGGAUGAGAUGGGUGACGCGAGUAGGAAACGACUGGCCACAGUAAACCACAAUCACAACAAAAUACAGAAAGCGCAAUUAUAGGUUUUCCACAUAUACAUAAAGUAAUAGUAUCGAAUCGACCAAUAAACCAAUACAAUUUAAGCGAACUUGUUACACACACACACCCAUAAGAAAGCAAUAGUAGUCAAUAUGGGAGUAGCGAAACAGAAACAGUUUGGAGAAGGCACCACGAUCCGUAACCAGGCAACCAUGUGCAAUAUGAUCACGCGGGCAGGGUGAAAAAGCAAACGACCACAUGUUUUCGCCGGGACCCCGUACUCAUUGUACCACCCUUGGUUCAGUUGGUGGUCCUUCUGAAAGGUAGGAGCGAGGAGGGGUAAAAAGUGGAUAGGGGAGGGGGGGGGGGCGACAUUCAUACACGAAUAUACGGAUUGAAUGUAAAAUAUUGGAUAAAAUAAAUAAAAUCAUACAACACUCUA